AUGCACAUUCCCACUGCCUAUGGACAGCAAGCAGGUCCUUGGUCGUUUGCUCCCCACAUUCCCUCUGGUACAGUAGUUUCUAUGGACCAACAAAACCACGGCAUAUGUGGGAAUCACGCGGCCCUCGCUGACUUUGCCUUUCGGAAACGGCUAUGUUGUAACAUGCACGUGGUGCAGUGAUGCGACAUGUUGUACAUCGUACCAGAUGAUCCCAACAACAAGCUUUUUAUUGUUUGGUCACUGGCUCCAAAAUCAUUC